AUGGGUAAACCCAAGGCCUUACUGAAGGAUUUUAAGCCUAAGAAAAAGGCUGCCAAACAACAGGCACCGGCGACGGCCGAUGAAUUCCUAGCUGCGGGGGUUGAGUUGGAAGAAGCCGGCGAGAAAUGGCGGGCUGGUGAUGCUGCCAAGUCUAUGCGAUUCUUUAUGCGGGCUGUUACCAACUACGAUGAAGGGUUACAGAAGUUCCCGACGGAUUUCGAUCUAGCCUACAAUAAAGCUCGCGUUCAAUACGAAAUCACACAGCAUCCCAAGUUAGCUGCUCAGCUGACUGCACCCCAAGGGGAAAUCCUGCAAGUGGCGCUGCAGUCUCAUCGGGACGCACUGAAACUGGAUCAGGAUAAUGCGGAUGUCCUUUUCAACAGCGGCCAGGUGUUGACUAGUCUGGCGGAGUCUCUGUCAGACUCUAAGACACCGGGAGAAGAACAACUGGUACGGGCUAGUACCUAUUUGCAGGAGGCAAUUGAACUAUUUCAGCGCUGUCUGAUGUUGCAAGAAAUGAAGUAUACGGAGAUGCAGGAGCAAAUCGAGGAAAUGGAGUCGAUGGACACAGGGAACCAGGCGCCAGAACCAGCAGCACAGCCUCAAUCAGAGUCCGCACCAACCGAACAGUCAGGAUCCAAUGACGGUGAAAAAGAGCACUGGGCUGCGAUCAUCGAGCCAGUCACAAAGAAUACUCUGGUCGAUACAGCCGUUGCACAGCUUGAUACACUGACUGCCCUCUGUAACGUGUUGAAUUUCGACCCGAGUGCCGGUGGCGUGGGCUGGGUGCAGGAGUACUCAUCUGAGCUUGUCCAAAGUCGACUCCCAGCAUAUGUGGAAGGUUCAGACAGACAGUACGAGGCGACACUAUCCCGGGCCAGGUUCAUCUGCGCCAUACACGACCUUCUCUACCGAGGAGGACACACCGAUGUCCAGACAUACCGCCAACAAGUCGAAGAGGCAUUUGGACAGGAAUUGGAUGUAUCCCAGGAUCCAGCAGGACUUUGCAGCAAAGCCGAAGCACUGACAUCACUAAACGGAGCACUGGCGGAUAUUCCCCCAUCCAGUGACCCCGAAGCUUUCAAGAACUCCCUGAGUACCCGCUGGCAAUCACUAUCGGUCGCACUAGACGCCUUGACCGCAGCAAGCAAAUUGCCCAGCACAGAUGACUUGCCCAAAAUCCACAUUGGUAGAGGAGACACUGAGAUGCAUCGCUGGCGUCUAGGAACAGAACCCUGGAACCAUGCGAUGGCGCAGCAAAACGGAGCCAUGCUCUUGCGAAACGCUCAAACAUACUACCGAGGAGCCGCUGCAUUGGCUCGCCGAGAUGGAGCGGCCGAGGAAGAGCGUGACGCAUCGUAUAAGGAGGCCAUCGCAGCUGCACUGGAUGGCCAGAAGACCAAGCUGGAUCAGCUUAAGACAGCUGGCAUUGAGCCUUUGGUGGCCGUUGCCCAGGACAUGGUGGAAGAUGGAUUGGUCGAAGGAACAACUUUGAGUGCACUGAUCUCAUGA